GACACAAGUAUUCAUCUGGAGUGGGUUUGGGCUUCCGGGUUACAGGAUCUUGAGUGUGUGAACUGACACAUGUGCUCUCUCUCUCUCUCUCUCUCUCUCUCUCUCACACACACACACACACAGCGAGCAGCAGAACAACAGACAGUCAAAGUGUGUGUGAUCAUGCCUACAAUCAGUCAGAAUGCUCUGUUCGGGAUGGGGAAUCCGCUGCUUGACAUCUCUGCCGUGGUGGAUAAGGACUUUCUUGAUAAGUAUGGCUUGAAGCCCAACGAUCAGAUCCUGGCGGAGGAGAAACAUAAAGCUCUGUUUGAUGAGAUUGUGAAGAAGAGUAAAGUGGAGUAUCAUGCUGGUGGGUCCACACAGAACUCUGUCAAAAUCGCUCAGUGGAUGAUCCAGGAGCCGCAGAAGGUGGCCACGUUCUUCGGUUGUAUUGGCACGGAUCACUUCGGAGAGAUUCUGAAGCAGAAAGCGGCUGAAGCUCAUGUUGACGCUCAUUAUUAUGAACAGAGUCAAGAACCGACAGGAACCUGUGCGGCCUGCAUUACUGGAGACAACAGGUCUCUGGUUGCAAACCUGGCGGCAGCUAACUGUUAUAAUAAAGAGAAACAUCUGGAUGUUGAUAGGAACUGGAGGCUGGUGGAGAAAGCGAGAGUUUAUUACAUCGCAGGGUUUUUCCUGACCGUGUCUCCGGAGUCCAUCGUCAAAGUGGCCAAACAUGCAUCUGACAACAACAAGAUCUUCGGCCUGAACCUCUCGGCGCCCUUCAUCAGUCAGUUCUUCAAAGAGCCGCUGAUGACGGUCAUGCCGUACGUUGACAUCAUCUUCGGGAACGAGACGGAAGCUGCUACAUUUGCAAAAGAGCAAGGCUUUGAGACAGAAGACAUCGCUGAGAUCGCGAGGAGGGUUCAGUCUCUGCCCAAAGUCAAUAAGAACAGGCAGAGGAUCGUGGUCUUCACCCAGGGCAGAGAAGACACUGUGGCCACUGUGGGUGAUAAAGUGAAAAUGUUUCCCGUUUUAGACAUCGACCAGAACGACAUUGUGGACACUAAUGGUGCUGGGGAUGCUUUUGUGGGAGGAUUCCUGUCAGAGUUGGUUCAGGAGAAGCCGUUGGAGGAGUGUAUCCGAGCAGGUCACUACGCCGCUAAUGUCAUCAUCCGGCGAGUCGGCUGCACUUUCCCCGAGAAACCCGAUUUCCAGUAACUCCCUCACAUAUUUCCCAAUACGGAGUCUUUCCAGCUAAUUUUUUUUGUUCUGAAAUUCCGGCAACACAACCUGCGUGCCUCAGCAUUCGUUUACAAACGUUUCCUGUUAAAACGGGCAUUUAUCAGGAUUGCAACGACCACAUAUGUACAAUUUGUGUUAAAGUAUGGUUUGUCUUUGAUCUGUUUUUAUGUUACAUUGCAAGAACAACAUUUUUCUAUUUAAUCUAUUAAAGAUCUAUGAUAUCAUUUAAAGCAAGUGCAUUUAUAUUUCUCAAAAAUAAAAGUAGUAAAUUAAAGUAAUUGGAUUUUUAGGCUAGCAAGUUGAUGUCUUUCAGGUAUUUAUUGUUACUUUGAAAUACCAAAUUGUAUCUUAAACGCACAAAAGUCUCUAAAUAUACAUAAGCUGUAUCUGAUGUGGGAAAAGUUUUCCACUUGCUCUUUCUGCUUAUGAAACAGGACUGUUCAACUGACCAGUUUAAUAAAAACAUUUUAACUGUUCCAAA